AAACUACAGUUCCCAGGGUGCCCGGCGCGCGCGGCCGCGCCCAGUCCCGGCAGCCCCCGCGCCGCCGCCAGGAUUUGAAGAUGAAGUGCCCCGCGGCCCCCGCCGCCGCGCUGCUGCCCGCCGAGUGGCAGCUCUACCUGAGCGAGACCCGCCUGGCCACCUACCGCAGCUGGCCCUUCACCGAGGGCUGCGCCUGCACCCCGCAGCGGAUGGCAGAAGCCGGAUUCAUCCACUGCCCCAGUGAGAAUGGGCCCGAUGUGGUGCAGUGCUUCUUCUGCUUCAAGGAGCUGGAAGGCUGGGAGCCCGAGGAUGACCCCAUAGAUGAGCACAGGAAACACUCCUCUGGCUGCGCUUUUCUCUCCCUCCGUAAGAACCCUGUUGACCUGACACUGCAGGAAUUCCUGAAACUGGACAAGGAACGAACGAGAAACAUGAUUAAAAAGCAAAUCUCUCAGAAAGUGACGGAGUUUAAGGAAGAAUCGGAGCGUGCACGUCGUGAUAUUGAGAAGCUGGUCUCCUAGGCCCCUGCGACUUGCCUUGUGUAGUGUCUGACUUGUAUAUAUGUUCUCUAGAGUUGCCUCUUUGUGCCUGGGUGGUGGUAGUAGUUGAGGUCCCUUUCAUGCAAGGAUCAAAGGGAUGUAUACUUAUAAACAAAGGGGGAGAUUUUCAAAAUCACAUAAGGCAUUUAGGACUGCAACUACCAUUGACAUGUGUUCCUAAAUCUCUUACAUGACUCUGCAAACCUCCUUUGAAAUUUUCUCAUGUUGACACAUAAAUAAAUGUCUAAAGGAAACUUCA